AUGGAAAAAGCCUUUCUCCAGAUUUCUUUGACUCCAAAAGAUAAAGACGCGGUUAGGUUUCUUGUGGCUAACAGUGAAAACGAUGUUCAAGUGUAUAGAUUCAAUCGAGUUCUUUUUGGUGUGAACUCGUCUCCAUUUCUAUUGGCCGCAACUAUAAAAACCCAUAUUGAGAAAUAUAAGGAACAAUAUCCCGUUACUGUGCGGACACUCGAUAGUUGUUUUUACGUGGACGAUCUCGUCACUGGUGAAGACGACGUAUCACCAGCAUGUGACUUGUCAAACACAGCAGCAAAAAUCAUGGAUGAUGCAGGGAUAAAUUUGCGGAAGUGGAUUUCAAAUGACUGUGAUUUAAGGAAACAAUGGCAGACAGAACAUUUCGACCAUUUAAAUAUUAACGAUUUCGUGAACCAACCACAUCGUGUUUUGGGACUUUCGUGGAGUCCUCAAAAUGGCUAUGUUAGUCUUAAUUUAAAAGGUCUAUUGGACUUCCUUCUGAAAAAGAAAAAUACUAAACGAUUCUUGUUGAUGGCCGCAGGCAGAAUAUUUGAUCCAAUGAGAUUUGUAUCCCCCUUCACUAUAAGAUUUAAAAUCUUAUUUCAAGAAAUCUGGCAAAGUAAAACAGACUGGGACGAAGAGUUACUGCCAGAUGUUAAUGAGAAUUUUGAACAGUGGUGUUCAGAAGCGUCUUUCUUAGGUAAACUUCAGAUUCCUAGAUAUGUCCUCGAGUGUGAUAGUGAGAAUCCCCCAGAGUGUGAAAUACACACAUUUUCCGAUUCUAGCAUUAAACCGUAUGGAGCUGUCUCAUAUUUAAGACUGAAAACUCCUAACAAAAUUUGUGUGUAUCUUUUAGCUUCAAAAUGCCGUGUGGCUCCUCUAAAGCCAUUAUCCCUUCCACGUUUGGAAUUAAUGGGUGCGUUACUUGCUGCGAGAUUGGCAAAAGAAGUAUCAAGAGUCCUCAGUGAGAAAAUACCAGCAACCAACCACUUUUGGGCAGAUUCCACUAUAGCCUUGAGUUGGAUUCAAGGUUCCAGCAGCAGAUGGAAAGUCUUUGUCGCCAACCGUGUGAAGGAAAUACAAUCCUUGACAAAUAAAGAUACGUGGCACCAUUGUCCUGGAAAGGACAAUCCAUCUGAUCUUCUUACGAGAGGCAUCAGCGCCGACUCACUGUUGAACUGUGAGAAGUGGUUCAUCGAUAAUUGUAAGCAACCAUUUAACAAACAAAUUGGACCAUUGAAGAUAUCCGAAGUCCAACGAGCGGAAACUGCGCUUGUGAAGUUGGUGCAACAGGUAGAAUUUGAAUCAAAAUUAAAGGACUUGUCCACUAAGGGUAUGGUUAGCCCUCAAAACAAUGCUUCCAACUUUGUAGGCACACAAUUAGAGUUAAAGAGACUGAUAAAAAUUCUGAGUAAUAGUAACAAUAAUAUGAGUAAAUUUUUGUAUGAUGAACGUGUUGAGUGGAGUUUCAUUCCACCAAGAACACCAAAUCAUGGAGGCCUCUGGGAGGCUGGAGUCAAGGCCGUCAAAUAUCAUAUAAAGUGA